AUGAAGUUAAACCAGUUUUUAAUAAUAUUUACGCUACUAAGUAUACUUAAAGGAACUAUUAAAGGAGAAUUAGAAGAUCAUAUUAGAAGGAUGGAUCAAACUUAUGUUGCUGUUCGAACACCAGUCUUAAUGUAUGAGCCAAGAACAGACAUUUUUUGUAGUAAAUCUCUUAUGUGCAUUUCACUUUUUUUAUUUAUAGUUCUUGGCUUGAUUUCUGCAUUUUGCAUUGGAUUUUCACUGUACGCCGGUCGUUUUAUAGAUAUGUGUUUUUUUGGUUUUAUUUUUCUGGCAGAUAUAAUUUUUUUUAUUCUUUGUCUUUUAAUGUAUAGGCUUUCGGAAUGUAGGCCGGUUGUACGGUCACAGGCUUGA